AUGAAACGAAUUAGUUCUUUAUUCUUUUUAUUGACUAAGACACCGUGGUUAUACAAGGUGAAAAGAAAAUUUUGUCCGCAGAUAUCGUAAAUGAAUUUUAUUUUUUAUAUCUUUCAUUUGAUGGAGAAAUAUGUAAGGAAUCUACCGCAAAAUUGACCUUGACCUUGAACUUCAUCAACAAGGUCAAAAUUUUUUUUGUUUGCGUUGUAUUAUACUUAUUACGGAGGUAACACUUUUCUAAGGAACUAUAGAUAAGCAACCUAACCGUUCUCUCGAAAAAUAAUAAGAAUGACUAAAAUUUUUUUGCCAUUUUUUAAGAAAAAUAUUGAUUCCUUGGAAAAGUUUCACCUUCACCUCACAACGUAAACAAAAUUUUUAUCUUAAAAUUAAAAGUUAAAAGAAAUUUUGCGUCAGGCAAAUGUUUUUUAUAUGUUUACCAAAUCUAUCUAUCAAAUCUAUCAAAAUAUCUAUCUAAUCUAUCAAAAGUAUAGAAUUUACCUAGGAGCCACAGACAAACAUUUGUUUCCAUCCUGUACAAUCACAUUGAAAAAAAAAUGAAACAAAAUUUGUAGCUAUAAUAAAACAAUGUAAUACAUGUAUGCAAUAUAAUUUAACAAUUAGUACAUAUACAUAUUCAUAAUUACAUAUCCAAAAUUAAUAAAUUAAAAUGAUUAAAUUUGUCUCAAUAUUCGUUCGUUCUUUGACUUUAACCGCAUUUCGUUUGUCACUAUAGUUUCCACUCCGUUUAAUUCUUCAUUGUGUAAUAGAACAUCUUGGUUUAUAAAAUAAUUUAAAAAAAAAAGGAUAAGCCAAAUACUAUUUCAUAUUUAGAUCAUAUUGCGUAUCUAUAUCUGAAAUCUCAGAAAACGGAACACAAGGAAUUGUGUUCAGAACAAAAAAAAGUCAUAUAUUUUCAUAAGGAUAUUAAUCAAUAUCACAGGCAGAUUUCUCAACAAGAAUAAGGAUAAUCAAAUAAUUAAAUGAUUUAGAUCCAUUUCUUUCAUUACAUUGCGUUCAUUACGUUUGUAAACGUAGAAAAAUGGAUAAAAAUCCACGAUUUAAUUAUCUUUUUUAAACUAUGUCAUUGCAAGUAUGCGGUACAAAUUUUGAAUUUAUUAAAAUAUAAUAUCAUAAUAAAAAUUUAAUAAUAUUCUUUUCAGCUUCUCUAGUCAAGAUCCGACUUUUGGUUACUGGGGCUAUAUAUUUGCCCUGUCGAAGCUAGUUGAAUUCGGCGAUACAUUUUUCAUUAUAUUACGAAAACAACCGUUAAUAUUUCUACAUUGGUACCACCACAUCGUAACUUUUCUUUACACAUGGUUUUCUUAUGUGGAAGAUGCUGGAUACGCUAAGUGGUUUGCUUUUAUGAACUGUUUUAUUCACAGUUGUAUGUACACUUACUACGCCUUCAAAGCAAUGGGAUAUCGUCCGCCAAGACGGUUAGCCAUGAUGAUCACUUCAAUUCAAUUAUCACAAAUGUUUGUGGGUAGUUUUCUAACUAUAACAACUUACUACUACGUUUACAUUGCCAAAGUUGAAUGUCUCGUUACGCCGUUCAACAUCACUGUUGCUACAAUCAUGUACGUUAGCUAUGCCAUUCUCUUCGCUAGAUUUUUUGCGCAGGCUUAUCUGUCUAAUAAAUCUGCAAAGAACAUCAAAAACAAGAAUGGCAACAGCAAACUGAAAAUUACCUAA